AACUGUGGCGCUCCUGUUCCUGCGUGAAAAGGCAUGAAGCAAGAAGUAACACGACUGGAUGGCCAGGGUUCUGAUUGGUAGUGCGCUCGGGCAUCACGUGUCUCGGGUCACGGGAGAGACUAAAGCCCCUAUGCUGGGAGUCGCACGUGGGUGACGUUAGGGCCGGCCCUCUCCAGGCUCCCUUUUGUUGAACCAUCAAACAUAAGCUCCUUCUCAGCUCCCGAGGGCUUCAGAAGACAGGAAAGAGCACAGAAUAUUCUUCACAUCGGCUGUAAUCCUGGGUUGGCAUCAUCACAAGAAGCCAUGUCCAGGUCUUUCUAUGUCGACUCACUCAUCAUCAAGGACUCGGCCAGACCCGCGCCUCUGGGCGAGCACACGGCGCAGGACUUCUUCAUCCCCAUCGGCAUGCACGCACCGGGUGUGAUGGGUGUCCCUGCGGCCGCAUGUCCGUCACGGAAAAGCGGAGCCUUCUGCGUGUGUCCGCUCUGCGUCGCCUCGCAUGUGCACUCGCCCCGGGCUGGCCUGCCUCUGCUGAAGGCUCCAGGAUUCCCGAGCGGAGAUGCACCAUACUGCCAAAGGCUCGCACAGCAACACAACACCGCGCCCGUCUGCACGCCCCCCGCUUACAGCGUCACUGACCCACGGAGAUACCACUGCCUCUCCAUAGGUGCGUCGGAUAACGGCCACGUUCAGAACGGAAAGCGCAUGCGCACGGCCUUCACCAGCACGCAGCUUCUCGAGCUCGAGCGCGAGUUCUCCUCUAACAUGUACCUGUCGCGCCUGCGCAGGAUUGAGAUCGCCACGUACCUCAACCUGUCGGAGAAGCAGGUGAAGAUCUGGUUCCAAAACCGGCGCGUCAAGCACAAGAAGGAGGGCAAAGGCGCGCAGCGAAGCGCGCAUGCAGGGUGCAAGUGCUCUGGGAACCACGCACCCUACCCGCGAUCAGAGGACGAGGAGUCCCUCUCACCUGCCUCAGCCACCGAGGAGAAAGAGAGUUCGCCCAUUUAA